AUGGAAAGUCGUCCGACUUUGACAUCACCUUACCUAUGUAAACUGCUUCGAGAAAUAUGCAACCUUACCCCUUCCACCGGAUGGGACAACUUACCCAACAGCACUGAUUACAGCCGCGAGGCAGACGUGGUUAGAAUUAAGUUUUAUCGUAACACAAUUUAUGGUCACAACCACAGCAUGGAGAUAACAAACGCUGAUUUUGAGAAGCUUUGGAUAGAAAUCAGUGAGGCCCUAUUGAGAAUUGCUGGCAGGAUAAGUAGCGCAAAGAGAGAUGAGUGGAAGAAGUCCAUCGAAAACCUUUCCCGUGGUCCACUAACACCAGAUGCAAAGGAAUACGUUUCAGAACUUCGGUUAUGGUACAAAAAUGAUAUGGAGAUAAAAGACGAGAUCGAAAAGCUAAAUGAAAAAGUGGAGCAGAAUACCUGCUAGUUUCGAUGCGAGUUGGAAGAAAUCAAAUUGAGCCUUCACACCUUUAUUGAAUCAUUAGGUCCAUCACCAACUGACCGACCGGUAGAAUUUGCCCGACUGCCAUCUAAAAGUGUGAAUGUUCCUACACCCUCGCAGCACUCACGUGCACAAGAAGAAGGUUUCUCAGCAGGACCAACUACCACCCCUGACCCACAGACAAGUCAAGAAAAUCGUGUGUGUAUACCUAUACCCCCAGAGCAGCCUCUAGUGCAAGAAGAAGGAAGUACCACAGCAAGUCCAUCUACAUGCACGGAACUACAGACGAGCCUGCAGAAUCGUCCAAAAGCUAUUGAUUUCUGGGACGUUGUCUGUGCAUUUAAGAAACCCCUAGAAAUAUUGCUAGAAUAUUUGAAAACAAAGCUUGGUGUUGUUGUUCAAGGAUUCAGACAAGGUAGUUUGAUCAUAACAGUUUCCUGCAGUUCAUUAGAAGUCCUUGAGGCUCUUUGGAAGGAUUACCGCAGAGGACAUCUCAGUGAAGUGGUCCAAGAUACCCUUGUCACGGAUGAAGUUCUGAAAGAGCUUAACCUAAGUGAAGUGAAACUGAAGACCAUCAUUUCAGAGGACGAGUACAUGUUAUGCAAAGACCUUUUCAUUCACAAAUCGGGUAAUUAUAAAGAUUUAUAAUAAUACCACCAAACAGUUAUAAUUGUAAUAAUAAUAUUAUUAUUAAGGUAGAUAACAGGCACAUCCUGAGCAAAGAGGGAGCUUAAUCAAAACUUUAUCGCGCUUAUUUCAUCUUGUUCAACGUCGUCAAAUGUUUGCAAAUGUUUCGGGAGUUGCAUAAAUUCUAAUUAAUAGAAUGCAUCGAAGUUCAGGAAAAGAGAGUUGUUGUCUUGACUUGUGUUCACGUCUUCCACGAAACGUGAAACUACGCUGACUUUCAUGUCGUAAUAGUGCAGUGACGGGAAAAAAGAAUGAUGCAUGUGCGAAGAUGUUGUUGUUUUUUUUACUAAUCUAUCAAUUCGAAACCCUUUUGUUUACUUGCCGUUCUCGUGGCCCUCACCGUCGUCGUUGACUAAGCUCUCCAAGAUCACAACUUAACACUGUUUCCUUGUUUUUCUUCAAAAGGAGACUACACAUCAGUGUCCGGUGGCUAUUUCUUGAUGAUAAACAACCGCAGCUCACAAUUCUCUUAUGUUGCAAAGCAAUUUCUGGGCCAGGACUUUGGCUUCAGAAUCAAGGAAAAAGUCAAUCUGUCAGAGCGUGAAGUGUUAGAAGUACUAAAGGAUACCGCUGGACGAGACUUCUCCAGUGAUGAUUGUUUUUUGUGCGUGAUCCUGAACCGUGAAUCAAAAGAUGAGACCAAGGCAAUCACAUCGCUUUUCAGCCGAGAUAAAUGCCCCUCGCUAGAUGGAAAACCAAAGCUAUUCCUGUUUGAAGAGUGGGAUGGAAUGCAAACAAUCAAGGACAGAGACAGUGGUCCACCUCCACGUCCAGAUUUUCUGGGUGAAGAUGAUUUUCUUGUUUGGUACCGUACCCCUUCACAUAACCGUACUCGCCCAUCUCCAAUAAGGAUCUCUAGUCAGAAUUAUUAUUUCAGGUGGUUAUACAACCUGUUGAGUGGAAUGCACCUUACUGAUGCCAUACACGAUACUGAAAAGAAAUUUCCAACGCAAUCAUGGUUGGUCAGUACGCUAACAAAGGAAGUAUUUUUCAAACGAAACUAA